AAAAUUUCUGGGGCAACGCUGGGCUUGAGGUGGACGGAAGUAUAACGGAACCAAAACCAAAGCACGGCCGUGGCUGUGGACUUGAUGGAAUCUGAGAUCACUUCAAGAUGGCUAAAAUCAAUCAAGGCAAGGAAAACAAUGAUGGAUCGUUUCAACCAACACUCGGACAUGCUGCAAGGGGCGUGGCAGGGUGAAUGGCGGCAGCGCCACGAGGAUAGUUGCAGCAAUUAUAACAGGAUACUAGCACGACCAGGCGAAAGAGCAUCAGCAUUGUCGUCUUCAAUCACGGAUAUGGGGCUUGGACGCUGUUGCUCCCUUUCCGAAUCUCUAAUAAAAGUUUUUCUCUACCAUGCUCAGCACUGCCUUGCCCUGGACCAACGUCUCAUAGAAACCAAUGUCUUCUAUGGCCUACUGCCAGCUUCCAGAAUAUUUUCUUGUCCUGCAACAUGGAGCAGCUUCACCGAGCACAAGGUCAUGUUCGGCAUCUCAAUAUUAAUCUUGGAACUG